AUGGGUUCAAUGGUGGAAGAAAGCAGCAGCAGCAGCGCUGAUAAUAUUCAACCAAGGAAUUACUGGAGAUGGAGCAAACAAGACUUCUUCCCAGAAGAAUCAUUCCAGAGUUGGGCUAACUACAAGUGUGCCAUUAAGCAAACAAAAUCGCGGUUCAAGGACCGCUUCAUUAGCCGAUCAGAUGAUGCUAAGGAGCUUGGAGAAGUCAGGAAACAGAGCGAAAAUGACAUGAAAAAGUGCCUGAAUUGGUGGGAUCUUAUCUGGUUUGGAUUUGGAUCAGUCAUUGGAGCUGGCAUCUUUGUGUUAACUGGCCAAGAAGCGCAUAAUCAUGCAGGACCAGCUAUUGUGUUAUCCUAUGUCGCUUCUGGCCUUUCUGCAAUGCUGUCUGUUUUUUGCUACACAGAAUUUGCAGUGGAAAUCCCUGUUGCUGGAGGGUCAUUUGCUUACCUGAGAGUUGAGCUAGGAGACUUUGCCGCCUUCAUUGCCGCAGGAAAUAUUUUCCUGGAAACAGCUUUGGGAAAUGCAGCAGUUGCGAGAUCAUGGACUUCCUACUUUGCUACUUUGAUCAACCUUCAACCCGAUUCGCUGCGCAUACACACGAAUCUCAGCAAAGGAUACAACCUGUUGGAUCCUAUUGCGUCUGCAGUUAUCGUUGUAGGGUAUACGAUAGCAAUUGCAGGAACAAGAAGGACUUCACAGUUGAAUUGGAUCGCAUCGGCAAUCAAUACUGUUGUGAUCAUAUUUGUUAUAGUUGCGGGAUUUUCUCAUGCCAAGACUUCCAAUUUGUCCCCUUUUCUGCCUCAUGGCGCUGAAGGGGUGUUUAAAGCAGCAGCGAUUGUUUAUUUUGCGUAUGGAGGAUUCGACAACAUCGCAACCAUGGCAGAGGAGACGCGGAAUCCAUCAAGAGACAUACCGUUAGGGUUGCUUGGAUCAAUGUCACUAAUCACUGUGAUAUACUGUCUCAUGGCACUGUCACUAAGUAUGAUGCAGAAAUACACAGAUAUUGACCCUAAUGCUGCCUACUCUGUUGCAUUUCAGAGUGUGGGGAUGAAGUGGGCUAAAUAUUUGGUAGCACUGGGAGCUCUGAAAGGAAUGACCACUGUGAUACUAGUGGGUGCACUUGGUCAGGCAAGGUAUAUCACUCACAUAGCAAGAGCACACAUGAUACCUCCAUGGUUUUCGCUUGUUCAUCCGACAACAGGAACUCCUAUCUACGCAACACUCUUGAUCAUGAUCUCAGGUUCCUGUCUCGCUUUCUUCACGGGAUUAGAUGUCUUGUCAAACCUGCUAGCCAUCAGCACACUCUUCAUCUUCAUGAUGUUGUCUGUCGCAGUUCUCGUGAGGAGGUACUAUGCAAGAGGGAUAACUCCUAAAGGAGAUGCCUUGAAGCUGGUGAUCUUCAUAAUGACCAUCAUAGCUUCCUCUAUGGGAACUUCUGCAUACUGGGGGUUGAGGCCAAAUGGCUGGAAAGGCUACACUAUCACAAUUCCUCUUUGGUUUUUAGCAACUUUGGGGAUCUCAGCAUUUUUAACACAGCAAAGAACUCCAAAGGUAUGGGGUGUUCCACUGGUUCCAUGGCUGCCAUCCCUCUCAAUUGCUACAAAUUUGUUCCUCAUGGGAUCUUUAGGAGCUCAGGCAUUUAUAAGGUUCGGAAUAUGUACUGUAGUAAUGCUGAUUUACUAUCUGUUUGUUGGUCUACAUGCUACAUACGACUUGGCUCAUCAACAACAAUCUAGGAACAAAAUUCUACAAGACGAUAAAGAAGCCAACACAGACAAUCUUGAAGAUGGCGCACGAAAACCCAACACCACUUAG